CAGAGGAUGACAAGCACGACAUGAUUUGACGAGCUGUUGGAAGGACUGAAGGAGGUAAAUUAAUUUCUUGCUGAAGUGGCUCACUGGUCCUGAGGUGGGAAUCUGUUGGUCUUGAGGAAGAAUGUUCUGCAGGAGUGUUUGCUGUAACCGUUGGUCAUCUGUGGAGAGGUUAGAUGGGAAAACAGUCAUCAUCACAGGAGCCAACACUGGAAUUGGAAAAGAAACAGCCAGGGACCUGGCAAGAAGAGGCGCUCGCAUCGUCAUGGCGUGCAGAGACCUGGAGAGGGCAGAGGAAGCCCGGGCGGACAUUUUGGAAGACACGGGAAAUGAGAAUGUGGUCAUCAGGAAACUGGAUCUCUCUGACACCAAGUCCAUCCGAGUGUUUGCUGAACUCAUCAACAAAGAGGAGAAACAAGUGAAUAUCCUGAUAAACAAUGCAGGCGUCAUGAUGUGUCCCUACUCCAACACUGCUGAUGGGUUUGAAAUGCAGUUAGGUGUUAAUCAUUUGGGUCACUUCCUGUUGACUUACCUGCUGCUGGACCUCAUCAAGCGUUCAGCUCCUGCCCGUAUUGUCGUUGUGGCAUCAGUGGCCCACACCUGGACCGGCCUUCGACUGGAUGACAUCAACAGUGAAAGGAGUUACGAUACCAUGAAGGCCUAUGGGCAGAGCAAGUUGGCUAACGUCCUCUUCGCACGCUUACUUGCCAAACGGUUACAAGGUACAGGGGUGAGCGUGUUCUCUCUGCACCCGGGGGUGGUGCAGUCUGACCUGUGGAGGCACCAGCACCAGUGUAUCCAGUUGGCAGUGAAGAUCUUCAGGAUUUUCACCAAGACAACACUGGAGGGAGCACAGACCACCAUCUACUGUGCUGUGGAGUCAGGCCUGGACAGCCAGAGUGGAGGGUACUUCAGUGACUGCGCUCCUGCAAGGUGUUCGAGGGCAGCUUCUGACGAUGACUUGGCCCAAAAACUAUGGGAAAUCAGCUGCAACAUGCUUGGCAUCUCCUGGCAGUCAACAGUGGCAAAUUAACUGUGCAGUGAAGGAUAUUGUAUGUUAUAUAUCAUCUUUUAAACAGCACUUUUACACACUUCUAUAAAGGCAUUAUUGUUACUGUAACUGUGAAACAGAUGUAGUUUAUGACUCAAAGUACAUUACAGUCCAAAAGUCAUUAAAAAGAGUUUGUUUAUUUUGUAAAAUAUCAAAAUGAAUCCGACGUUUUAGUCAAAUUGUAUUUAUCAAACAAGACUGCAUGAUGUCUUUUACCGUACUUUUACUAGCCGAUGUGGACAUUCUUUAUUUAGUCAGUUUUGUAUCCUGAGUGCAGUUACUGUUCUAUUUUAUAUUGGACAGCUUGUAAAGACGUUAGCCAGCAUGGUCUUGCUUUUAAUGAAAAUGACCUGCUUUGUGAAAGUCUCUCUUACAUGCCCCUUACAAACUUUGAGUUCCAGUGUGGCUGUAGUUUUCGGCACUGAUGAGAACAAUUUGGCUCUAAACUGCCUCCAAAAGCCUUUUUUCAAAGUAACAUUUGAAUGAAAUACUCUACAGCAGCGAACACAUACAGUAUUGUGGUUGAUAAAGCACUUACAGUUGCUAAUAAUACGAAGUGGGUCUUUUUCUGCUUUUAUAGCACUUAAAGUAUUAUAAUAUAGGCUACAAUUUUUAAUAAGUAAAACUUGCGCCAUUAAAUGAGUACAAUUAAAAUGA